AUGAUCGACCACGAUGGACUAUCUGCUCUUCAUCGAGCUGUUCGUGUUAACAAUAUCCAGGAUGUAAAAAAUAUGUUGGAUUGUGGUGCGGAUAUAAACUUGAAGGACAAAGAUGGAUUUACGCCAAUUCAUACUGCUGUGAGGUAUGUGGGAUUAAUUAAUGCACGGAUUCCUAAAGGGGGAAUAGAGGAAAUGCAAAUAAGAUACAUACUAGCUUGGUGUGCCCUUGUUAUCUGGCAGGCUAAGGCGUACUUUGAGUGCGCACGUGCGCACUUAAAAAGACGGAGAUUGAGAAAAACAAAAGCAAAAACAACAAAACAAAACAGAAGAGAAGAAACAAAAAAGGAAAAGAAUAGAACGAGUAAGCAACAGGUAAAAAAAAUAUUCUCCCAUGUAUCUCCUCGAAUUUCCCUUUCAACUGCUAAGGAAAAGCAAAAUGCAGUGUUUCCCCCGAUUUUGCUACACGUGAACACGCGAAGGCCGUGACUGCUACUUGCCGCAUACUGCCCUACGACAAAGAAAGAUGAUUUAUUGACCUAACCCAAUUGAUAGGAAAGAAAAUUUAUUCCAAUCUCCCGCAAGAUAAACGAUUAAGGAGACGCCGGGUUGGAUUAGGAAAAACUGUGCGGAAAAAUUCCCAGCUACUGGACGGCCAUGGCAAUUACCGAGAUAGUUAUUUCGUAGCUCUUUGAGUUUGUUCCUUUUACCUCAUCUCUUACGUGGGAUUUAUAUUAUGUAUCCUAUCCAGUAAGGGCUAUUCGUGUGAAUGACCUUGUCUUUCAUUCAGGAAUGGGUCUUGUUCCAGAAUCGUCCCAUUUUUUUCACGUUGUAAGGGGCGGACCAUUAGAAAACUUAUGGGGGGGGGGGGGCGGGCGAAGUACAAAAAAAUAUAUUCGCGCAAGGGAAAAUAAAAUGAAAAAAAAUUCAUGCACGCCAAUUAACCCUAAAAAAUAUUCAUACUACUGCCUAAAAAAAAAAUUCAUUCAAGGAAUUUGAUAACGAAAAAAAAUUCCUGAGGCUCAAAAAUUCCCCACUCCCCCCAUAACUUUUCUAAUGGUCCGUACCUAAUCUGUUUUCAGUCUUAAUCAAAUUUCUAGCCAUAGAAUGCCAAAGGUAUACACUUUUUUCCUUGAUUCAACUUUUUCAGAGUUUUAAAAAUAACCCAAGAAACCGGUGACACAGCUUCUUUAAGAACUACUGAAACGAACAUUGGGCUCAAAAAAUUGAAACCAUUUUUUGGCAGUGGUAUUCAUCAACCUGCCAAAUAGAAACAGGACGACCAGACUUCACUGUGUGCAUUGUCUACUUUUUCUCUCUCUUCAGUUUGAUUUACAUUUUUGCUGCCGACCGCUCUUACGGACUAGAUGGGGAAAACAAUUUUUUUUGUACGGAAUUUCAUUAAAUUUUCAUUGUAGUUUCUCAAAUAUUUGAUUUAUUUAAGGUUCGAAAGAACAGAGAUGAUCAAGCUUCUGCUUGAAAGGGGAGCGGACCCACUAAUAGCGAACGAAGUUGAAAUGUCAGCACUGGAUUCAGCCGUACGUACCCGCGACGUGGAGAUAUGCAUCCUUCUUCUUGAAGAGCAAAGGGUGAAAAAUUACCUAAGCCAAGGAAAUUUAAGGCCCUUAUUUAUAGCCUGUCAUGACGGAAAACGAGAAGUUUGUGAGUUGUUUUUAAGGUAUGGAGCCGAUCUCACCCGCCCAGGAUUUCGGGGAAGCACUCCUCUGCACACUGCAGCUUUUCAGGGACAUGAAGACGUGUGUGAACUAUUCAUUGAAACAGGUAACAUAACCUAUACGAAAAUAAAAGUUGAUAUUGCGAUUAAAAAGAUACCGUAAAAUUCCGAAAAUCCCCCCCCAUGUCUAAGCCUCUCCAAAUAUAAACCCCUCAAACUCGUAACACAAAACACCUUCCGCGAACGUGAAAUCGCCCCUCGGAAUAUAAGCCUCCCGGGGGCUUGUACUUGGACAUUGUCCUCAAAUACAAAGUAAAACAAAGCAAAAACGGUACAUUUACUUCCAGCUAUAAGGCCGGCCCAAUCGAUUUUGAAACGCAAAUUCCCCUCCGUACAUAAGCCCCUCCGAAUAUCAGCCCCUCCAAAAAUAAGCCCCUCAAAAAGAGCCUUUGAAAAAUAUAAGCCGUGGGGCUUAUUUUCGGAAUUUUUCUAUUAAAAAUAACCGAGGGAUAGUGAAAAUGUUUUGUCAGUUAAAAGCUAUAAUGAUUAUAAUUUAUGAUUGGUUGCCCUGGAAGGAAUAGCAAAGAAUAUCCGAGAAAAUACUUUGGAGCAAAAGAAGAAAUACAUCCGAAUAAGAUUUUAACCCUGAGUUAGUGCUAAUCGGCCUUCGAACAACUGAGCUCAAGCGGGCUCCAUCAUUGGGAAACUGUUAAUUUAAUUGUCAUUUUUCCAUUUUCACGCUUAAAUUUACAGCACUUUUCUUACUUCCUUUUUCUGUACAUUGAUCAUUUUCACUGAGACCAUAAUGCACCAUGUUUACUCCCCAAAAUUUUACAUAACCACCGUUGCAGGGUAUGACGUCGUCUCAAGAGAAAUCGCGGACAAAAUUGGUGGUGGUGUUGGGGGCGGGGGGCUUUGUUGGGGAGGGGAAGUAAGCCAAGCGUAUUUUGGUCUCUGUGAAAAUGGUUCGUGCAUAUAUUCACUUAUCACGUUUCAAUUUCAAUUUCUUAGCUUGUGAUAAUUGAUGACGUGAAGCCAAGCGCUUUAAUUUUUUUUAAAUAGCAUCCCGAACCCUGCAACACCUUGGUGGAUUUGUGAAUUCAAAAAUCACAGAAGGCAACACUCCUCUUCACUACGCCUGCAUCGGAGGCCACGUGGGCGUGGGAGAACUUUUACUACGACACGGCGCGGAUCGUGACGCUGUUAAUUUUACAGCAUCUGCUUCACCGCUCCAUUUGGCGGCAAAACACGGCCACUUGUCAAUGGUAGAGCUACUUAUGCUGUAUAAUGCAGUUACUGACAACAGAGAUGGCAAACUAAGGACACCGCUACAUAGGUAUAGUGGGUUGGGAUUUAUUUUCAGUGGUAUUGCGGAAAUGAAAAGUUUGGAUUAUUCUCAAAAGUAGUUAAGAAAAGUGUCUUUUGAUAGGAGUAAUGCUUAUGUAAACGUAUGGAAGAAUGUCCAACCAUUGCAUUACUGGUCAUUAUUAUUAUUAUUAUUAUUAUUAUUAUUAAUAUUUUAUCAUUAAAUUGAUUCAAUAUGUAGAUUAGACAUUGAUAAAAGCGAAGCUGCCGUAAAGACACUCAUAAUAAAUUUCAAACAAUUAACUUAAAGACAUUGCAAAGAAAUCCAUAAAACUUAUACUUAACUUUUGAGGUGUUCCAUUUCCCUUUUGUUAGAAAAGCUGGGUGAGUUUAAGAAAAAAAAAAUAUCCGCAAACAGACCUGGAACGUACAAAAAUCUUGCAUCGAGUUAAUAUUUUCACCCUGGACUCCCAUCGCCUCCUACCCACAGGCGCUCACACUAACUAGAUUGGCCUUCCUGUGAUGCGGACGGAUGGGCGGACGAGCUUACUACCAAAAUUUCCUCGGGUGAAUAUAUAAGCUUAUAUAGAAAACCAUAUUUCUUGAGCUUGAUUUGAAUGUAUUUCAGAGCACUCAACUCUUAGAGGAGCGUUGACAAUUGUUAUAAACUGUUCCAUACUUAUGGGGUUACGCAGCUAACGGGCAUCAUUUUCGCAAUGAUCAUAGUUGAUGCAAAUUUACUCGAAUAGGAAUUUUUUAUUCGGUGGAUAACACACACGCGUCAUAGCCGGCCUUUAACCCUUUUUUUUCAUUUCUAGCGCAGCAGAGUUUAAUCACAGUCAAAUAGUAAAGUUUUUGAUCGAGUGCGGAGCUGAUUUAGAAGCGAAGGACAUUCUGGAGAUGACACCUUUUCUAAUGGCUGUGACCCGUGGAGGUGUGGAAUCUGCUAAGAUGUUGGUAGACCAUGCAGCGGAUAUUUUUGCGACCGACAAUUCAUUAAAUAGUGCUGUUCAUUUGGCUAUUACGUACAAAAAACCUGAAAUGUUGAAAUUAUUGAUAGAAGUGGACAAAGAUCGAGUUUUAGUGCAAAUGAAGGACAAAGAUAAGAGGAAUGUGCUUCACCUUGCCUGUGGACAGGACGAUUCUGAGGUAUUCUUCUGUUAUUAUUUCGUUAACUUUGUCGUCAAUUUAUUUUAUUUAUGGGACGAGAGAAUAGGUGAAACCGUUUUCUUUAGGUUAUCAUUUUACCUUUCAGAAAUUAAGGUUAAGGUUUCCACAAGUGAAGAAAAAUGUUGAAAAUUACUUAUACCACAGAAUAAAUUACCACGUACACAUUAAUCUCCAUAAUAUACAGUAGCUUACAGUCAUUGCCCUGGUCCAGAACAUGAGGUAGGGAACCGUAACUAUUGUCUAAGCAUUUUUCCUCCCUUGUUUUUGCUAUCGGUAACGCGGCACUUAAAUUAAAUUAGCUUCCCUCUCUGUUAAGCCCCCUCCCCCUCUAAAACGUGCUUGAAAUAAAUAAGUCACAAGGGUAGAGGAUUACCGUGUUUAUUUUGCAUUGAGCACGAACCUCAUCAAAAAUAAUAAAACAAAAACAGAGCGUUUUUAUGGCGAGAUCUCUCAUUUCUCCUUUCAAAAUUGCACACUUCUCGGUCUCGAAUUUUCUUUUUAAGAUGUUGACAAUUCUUCUGGAAAAUAAAGUGUGUGUAAGAGGGCGUGACAUGCAGGAGAAGAUACCCAUUCACAUCGCAGCUGAGAAUGGUUCACUAGAUUGCGUGGUGACGCUCGCCAAAUACCCAUUAUUUGCAAGUUAUGUAGAUCAAAGGGAAGCUCGUGGAAUGACAGCUCUUCAUUUCGCCGCCAACAAUAAACACGCGUAAGUUAUGAAGAAACAAAUACCCAAAAUCUAUGAAAUAAUUUCCAUUUUUUCUACAUAUGCUCUCUGGGGUGUAGGGAAGACACGGGGCGCAGAGAAGGGGGGACUUAGGGGUUAGCAUGUGUAACCUAACUUGGUGUGUUUUGUAACUAGUCGGCAAAUUCAUACAUCCUGCAGGAGACUGCGUGUAUACUGUUUAAAAACACUGCUUUUUUUAUUUAUUUAUUUGAAUUUGUAACGAGUGAAAGAAAAUAAUCUUUUGUUACAUGCGCUUCUGGUUGACCCAAUAAUAUCGAUAGGUGAACCUCUUGAGCUUGUUAUGGUCUUAACCCCGGAGGUUUUGCCGGACUUUUCUAAAACGCCUUAGGGAUAAGGUAACUGGUCUCAUCACCCCACCCCCGCCCCCUCCUCCUCUCCUUCGGAUCUCACCCACAAACUGUCAUUUUCUCUUAUAGUUUCCCUUUGGGCAAGAGAUUUCACCAAAACUGAUUUCUUAGCUAGCAAUCCCCCAUCCCUGCUUAUAACAGAAGUAACGGUAGAAGUGUACCUUAAGCCUUGGCUCAUGAACAUAUUUUUUUUAUGGUGUUUUUCCUGUUAAAAAUUUUGGUUCCAGAAAGACGUGUGAAUUCCUGAUUUCAAAGGGUUCGGAUGUCUCAGCUAAAUGCAUGAACAAUGUGACGCCCCUUCACUUGGCUGUGACGGUGGGAUCCUUAGAGACAGUCAUUGUUUUAAUGAAUUCCUUUUUGCCGAGUACACUGGAAGAGAAGGACAGUGAUGGAAACACUCCUCUUCAUCUCGCAUGCAGAUACAACCGCCUUGAUGUGCUGCAGUUUCUUUUAGACAGAGGUGCCGACGUCACAGCCAGAAAUGAGAGAAAUAUGACCUGUAUAGAUGUAGCGAUCGAGUGGGAAGCCGAGGAUGUGGCAAAGACGCUUGUGAAACAUCAAAGGUACAUUUUAAGAGAAAUCUCUCAUAUCCAACCCCAGGGGGAGGGGAGGGGGUAUUCCGGAUUUUAAGUGACGGGGAUGAUCAAACGGGGCAAAAAUCAAGGGCCUAGGGCUUGCAACAAAACCCCAAAAUAUCCGUGGACCAAAAAUUAACCCCCCAAAAAAUCCCAUGCCGAGAUUCUGAGCCUUAAAAACCACAGCCACAAAAUAAGUUUGGUUUUACUUUUUACUCGCAGAACUACGAGGCCGGGAUACGCUGGCACUACCAAGAAUCUUCAGAUUGUUUUGAAUACCCCCCCCCCCAAAAAAAAAAAAAAAAUAAAAAUAUCCCUACUUAAAUCAAGCCACACAAAAAAAUACUUGCCAAAUUUUCCUACCCAAAAAAUUCCAAAAUCGAAAGUUUCAAACCCCAAAAAUCCUUCCAUCAUCCUCGACACUUGAAACCCGGAGUACCCCCCUGUGUAUCCAACGGGAUGUCCGAAUUAAGCGGGUUGAAUUUAGAGAAAAUGUAAGGGCUUUUUUUCUUCAGGGACAAGGAAAACUUGUCCGUAAUAACGAGGUGUCCGUAUGAAGCGGGUGGGUUUGACUGUAUUCGAUAAUUCGCAAUAACAGGAUACUUUCCUAUAAUAUUUCAGCUUAUCAUUUAUGUUUAUCAGCCAUAAUUAAGAAGACUUAGGGGCUACUUUCGGCCACCAAGCUGUUACUACCAUUUGUAAACUUUGGCUAUUCAUUGAAACUGAAACGAAAAGAAUCAACUGCUUUCUUGUUGUAAAUUUUAGAAUCAUAUCAAUAACAAUGUGUCUUGACCACCCGCCUCCACCCCGGUCCGUUUUUCAAAGCUAAAUCCAAAAAGAAAGAGCCAAGAUGACAUCUCUCUGAUUCAUGGCUUGCUUCGCAUGUUAUCCAGGAAAAGAAAUAGUUUGCCAUAUUUGGAAAAAAUAUUAAAGCUCUAAGUUUCAUUGUCACAGAGCAUCAUUAAUUUCUGAGAGAUGAGGACGUAGGAUGAGAUCGCGCCGCCAGUUAAUAAGUAAAUUAUAGCCUGGGUGAUCACGGUUUUACUAAUUCCAUACAGGACAAAGUUGCUUGAAGGAUUAUUCUUCUUAUACAUGUAUUCCUGCAAUUUUCUUUCAUUCGUCAGGUCUUUACCCAUCUUCGGCCUAUCUGAUCUGAUCGAAAAAAAGAUUUGGUACCAGAUAGUAUGCUUGUUUUCAAGCUGACAGCCCAUGCCCCGUACAAUGCCUUGAUGCCUACUCUCCUUUCCCGAAAAUGUUUAAAAAUCAUUUCCAAGUUAAAUGAAGGAAAUAAUUUAGAGUUAAAGUUCUCAAACUAAUUAAUAAUCCAUAAAGAAAAUACAAAAUAGAUUAAUGUUUAAUGAGUGUUUGGACAUCAGAUGAAAAACUUGUCAUUUUUGCAUCCUUGAUUUCUCCUUCUAAACUCAUUUUGUUUGAGAAGUAAUAUCAAGCAUUCGACACAGUGUUUCAUCACCAGAUCAAUCACCUCGAAGUUCGUCAAAAAUACUCCGCUGCGCGUCUUAUUUUCAACUCUUCUCUCAACAGAUGAAACACCGAGUCUUCAUGCUUGAUAUAUUACUUAUAGCAUUGACCACACUUUCAUGAGAAGUUUCACUAGUAGUAAAACUAAUGUGAAAUUUUCUCAUUCUAGGUGGGAGGAGGUACUCGAAGGUUCUGCAUUUAAGAAGUUAAUAGAAAAGCUCCCAGAUGUUGCAGAAAUUGUUCUUGAUCAAUGUGUCACCUACAGUCCUUUGCCCCCAUCGCACGAGGACUUUACUGUCAAGUUCAACAUGAGAUAUAUUGAUCCGUACACGUAUUGUUAUAAAUAUACUGACUUCCCGCCUGCAAUCAUGGCCAAACAUAAGCGAGAAAGACUGUUGAAUCAUCUUGUUACACAAGUGUUACUUCGUGUGAAGUGGAUGAAGCUUGGAAAGUUUCUUACUAUUUUUAAUCUUGUUUUUUUCGCUGUCUUUGUCAUUCUCUACUCUAUUUUCAUUUUAAACGCAAGAUCUAGAAGUACAUUGCUGUCCGGGAAAAAGGCCGAACAACUAAAUCAAACAUCCGAGCUAGGAAUAGCAACUCCUAUCGUACUUCUUGUUUUGUUGCUUUACCAAUUUAUAAAGGAAACGAUUCAACUUACUUUGAUGCGAUUGGCCUACUUCCUGGACCUCUCAAACUGGAUGGAGACGGUAAUGUUUGUAUUGGCGUUGAUUUUUAUCCUUCCAUUCAUAUUUGGUGAGAAUGUCAAGGCUGUAUACAGUGAAACAGUACAGUGGAAUUCAGGGAUUGUUGCUCUGCUGCUAUGCUACGUCAAUUUGACAUUAGCUAUCCGUCGAUUCGGCGAACUUGGUUUAUACGUGACAAUGUACAUUGAAGUGCUCUGGACUUUUAUUAAAGUAAUAACCUCCUUUCUCAUCACUUUGAUUGGUUACUGCUUGGUGUUUUACGUGUUACUGAAAGGCCAGGUAAGAACUGUACUGGAAAGAUCGAAAGUAAGCAUUAUUGACUCCUUCUUUAGAGAUAGUAACAGGAAGCUUGAGCAAAGGCGUUUUUGAACAACGCACGUCAACGGGAAGUCGAUUUAUUGCAUUCUUUUGCCAGUGGUUUUGCCCAAAAUUUCAUGUGGGGGAAACAUCGUUUCCAUGAAAAUAAACAUAAUUAGCAGUUCAUAUUUGUUAGCCCAAAGAUAUUUUAAAAGAGAAAACGCCUCACUUCCGAUUGACUAUCGCCUUUGCUUAAUCUCCCUAAUACCGUUACUACAUGAGGUGCCAAAUGACUAUCUGUCUCUCUUCCAACACUCGUGGAAGAUAAGUGACAUUUUUUGCAUAGCGCACUUAUGCUUGCUUCCUGGUGCUGGGGCUAUUCCACAUGAUCUUUUUAACCCUCUUAAUUUUUUCCACUUUGUUAUAAGCCAACUUGACUAAGCUGGCAUGCGCCAUUCGUUUACUUUAGGCAAUGCGUACUGAGAGUCCUAAUGGGUGCUAGUCUCACUAUCAUUAAGAGCACGUGCAGAUGUAUUUAGGUCCACUUCAUUCUAAUGCAUUGGUUCCGACGAAGAAAAUAAUUGUCGAUUCAGUCUGGACAAUUUAAACGUCGCCCUGCUGGAGACAAGAUCGAGAGUAGGCCAUUCUCAAGGUGACGACAUUUGACUACAACUACCAGAAGCCAUUUCUUUUUUUUUCUUUCUUACAUAUUGGUCAAUCCCGCUGAGGUUAAAAAAAAAACCGAAAGCCUUUAUUUGCACAAGGGAACAACAAACUGAAGCAUUCUGGUAGUUGUAACACAAUAUUGAGUCAUCGUUCAAUUGUCCUAUUCAGCGGGUCACCCGAUCGGCGUGAAGGGCCUUCUUCCGCGCUGUUUCAAGACCCAGAGCGAUCGGGAUCGGAGACGAGACCUCCCACUCUGCAGGCAAGAUUUCUACCACUUGUAUUAGAAUUGACUGCGGGGGCGUCGCUACCCGUACGGCUGUUCGCACGGACGGAGCUGAACAAAUGUCAACUGAAAAAACUGGGUAGGGUUGACCUGUAAAAUGUGGAACAUUUCUAGCUUCACCUUUAAACCCUACUUGGCAUUGGACACUUUAUCUUAAAACAGACGAGGUGAUAUCUGACAAAGUACCUUAUUAACGACGAAUUAUCUCUUUUGUCACCUUGCAGGGUAAUUUCUCGACCUUUUUGUUUGCCAUGGGAAAAAUCCUUGUCAUGAUGAUUGGUGAACUAGACUAUACUGAUAUUUUGGUGGUCGACUGGUCCAAUGAAGCCACGGUACCAUUGCCUAUGAUCACCAUUGGACUGUUCUUUCUUUUUGUCUUGACAGUCUGUGUUGUACUGGUCAACCUGCUGGUAGGUAUAGCGAAACGACUUUGGUCAAGAAGGGCAUCACUAAUCGAGACUCUCAGUGUACCAAUUAUAUUCUUAAGUGACAUUCUGGAUACGGUUCUGGUGACAACAAGUAAGGGGUAGUGUUGUUAUGACGGGUGACCCGACGAGUGUUCAGACAAUGGAAAAAAUAGAAACGCUGGUACAUUUGGAAUUCCUCAUGAAAAAUUUGUUUGUUCGUUUUUUUUUUUGUUUUUUUUUAAAGUACAAUCCUUCUUGUGACGAGUUUUAGUCACGUCACCAUCACCCCAUCUUUCUAUUAAAUCUUGACCCGAUUUUGGCAGUUUUUCUGACAAGUGGCGAAUAUCCAAAUCGCGGAUUUCAAAUUGCCCUUUUUUGAAUUUAUGAAGCAGUUUCCAGCCAUGUGAGGUCACAACAUAUGAUAUAAUUGAGCUGAGACAACGUUGAUAUGCGUCGAAAUCUUCAAGUUUCAACGCUUCCAUUUCUGUAUGAUAUCAGGGCAAACAUCUUAACGACACUCACAAAAAAAUGGUUAAACGUCAAAACUGGACAACAUGUGCUUUACUUGGAAUAACGAAACCAAGAGCCUUUUUGGUUUGAAAGCAGAUGGAGUGUUACAGUAUUUUUAAAGUACUAUUCAUGCAAAGAGUUCUGAAACUAGGGUACUUUAAUUUGUAGUCUUUGUUAGAAAACGUCCAAGAAUUGAGUCCUGCGGUACUCCGUGCAUGAUUUGAAGUGGGCUUGAUAGCUUGUCUCUAAUGUGCGUUCAUUUUGUAUCGUAUUACUAUCAUCAUCGCCAUGAAAAUUAUUGAAUUUUGUUUCAUGUUUUGUAGGUUGGUUUGGCAGUUGGAGACAUUGAUUCAAUAAAAAGGACAGCAUCUUUGCGAUCUUUAAUAGAUCAAACGUUAAUUGUGGAGAAGCUUGUAAAGUACUACCCGAGGUUUGUUCUUCGUUAUGCACAUGACAGAGACAUGGAAAUAAAGCCAAACCGUAAUACUAUGGUUAAAAGGUGAGAAUACAGCAAAUUUGUCUACUGUGUAAUGGUAUCUACAUAGACAGCUGUUUUUUGGGCUUUCAGUACUAUCCAACUUUACAAAACUUGAAAUGUUCAUCAAUCCUUGUUUUAUCCUCGAAAUCAAUUCAACCACCAUCCAUUGUAUAAGGAGGAAAGGUUGUUGGACCUUUUCAUGUAAAUAUAGCCGGACAGACACACUUCAGUGAAAGGGUAAAUAUGCAAAUACGUUUGUCUAAUACUUCUGAUUAUAAGCUGUUGAAACUUUUGGUGUUGCCAAAGGAUGCAUUUUUGUUUUGACCUAAAGCAAAUUUAGACUGUUCAUAAUCCCCAAUUUUUCCGUGAGAUCGUCGAGAUCAAGCGCUCACAGUCACUGGUAGCCAUUUUGUAAUUGGUUUCCAAUGUACCGAGGGGAGGGCGUCGGGUUUUAUAGCGGUAGGGGAAGCGAGGGGAGAAAAGUAAAUUUUUUUUCUCCUCCCAAAUCAUCCCCUCCUCCCCAAUUAGUUGAAAUAGUCAUAUGCUGGACUCCAAAAUGGCCGCCUUUAGCACUAAUCGCUCUGGACGAUCUUACAUGAAAAUAGGGCGGUGCUAACAGUCUAAAGCAAUUUAACAUGUGAUAUUUGAUAAUUACAGAAAUCGAUUGUCACCAGCGAAGGUCCCGUGAUUGUCCGUCUAAUACAGGUUUCACUGCAUUCUAAAAAACAGCAACAAUAACAACAACAACACAUACCCGGUAGUUUAGAAACGACUUCUCUGUUCCCCUGUUAACAGUUUUACUGUGCAUCACUAAUACAUUACAUUAGUUAUUGAUGUAGACCUUUACAAUAAUGCUUCUUUUAAUCCCAAAGGAUUGUUCUGGCUGGCAAUGAUAUUUCAGAUAGAGAUUUUAUGGAAAAGCUUCUCAAUUACAGAACUGGAGAAAGCAGUCCAGGAGAAGAACUUCUCGGAACUUGCGAGAAAUUGAGACAAGAAACGCAAGAGGAAGCCAUCCUUAAACUACAAGCCACUGUAGAAGCACAAGGCGAAAUUCUCAAGGCGAUUGCCGAUAGAUUAAAAAUUACUGACUAGGAUUAAAAUUCAAAUUAAUCAACAAGCUUGAUCUUUUCACACAACAAUACGCGGGUUUUACAUAAAAAUAUCUGGACUUUCUAUUUCAUCGUCAGCGAGUUCGCACUCUUACAAGAGAGAAAUGUCAAGAGUGAAAACUUGAGAUAGAAAUCCACCAAUCGUUUAAAGUCCUGCACAGCACAUCGACAGCAUAACCUGAAAAAAAUGAACCAGCGGAGCAUUCAACACGUUGCGAUCAAUAACAAAAUGAACAUCGCGCGGAGAGAAAAGAUAAAUUAGGUCCAUCAUACGCAAACCAUGGUCAAUAUCACCC